GUUGUUUUGUUUUGUUUUGAUAACGAGGAGCGGCCUGCUGAUAAGCGGCUCUCAGAGUUUAAAUUAAUAUUACUGUUUAUAUUACGUUUCCGCUUGCUUCCUGUCUCUGGUCUAUAUUGAGGUUUACAUAUUUUAUUUUAAUUACCUGAAAUAAGCGAACACGACACUAUAGUAGCGAACAAAACAAGUGCCUUUUAGAAUCAUAACAUGCACUGUCUGCAUUGCGCACUUCCUCUCAUCACCUAACUGGUUUUGUAACUACAUUCUGAAACAGACUGACUUCAGAGGCAUACAGAACCUUAGAAAAUAUCAACCGUAUCCAAGGCUCAAUGUACACCAACGAAGGAAAAUUCGACUAAAACUUGAAGUUGUAACGCGGAGAUUCAUGGGAGUUUUGUAUUGGCAUGACCAAUAAAUCAAGUUUAUGGAGUGAAAAAUUCAUCAUGAAACAGAAGAAGAGCAAAAGAGGAAGGUAGCAUCAACCUGCUGUCUUUGAUAAAACUGCUGCGAAAUUGUAUCAUUUAAUGGCUGUCCUUCCAUCUUUCAUCCAAGUGUCAGAAUUCCAAACUUGAAUUGUAAGUCCUCUCUUAGUGGAAAAAUAAUACUUAAAAUGAGAGCGUUUCAGGAGCCGGUUAUUUCCAAUCGAUUGAUAAUUUCCUACAGUUUGUACUCAUCGGUGUUCUUAUUCACAUUACUUACUUUCCUGUACUUCUCUGACCUUUAUCUGAAAAUAGGAAGUACAAAUUUUGUGCCAUUUUUGAUACUCUUAAUAUGUGUUGAAAUUAUAAAAUUUAUCUAUUCAAACAGCACGGUGCAAAAUUCCACUUUCAUAAAUUCUGGCAGCAAGAAAUGGAAUAAAUCCAAAACUCUGUACGACUUAGCAGCAAGUCAAGUCCUCUCUCAGGUUAAGUUAAAGAAAAUCUUGAAGUCUAUCGUCUUGCUUGCAUUUUCAGUGGCAAUAUUUUUUGCCAUUUCUAUUCUUUUGGGUGCAGAAUUUUUAGCGAAGCAUGAAGAGACCUUGAUGUUCAGUUCCUUAAUUGUUGUAUUAAUAUUUCUUCCAAUUUGCUUACAUCUUGGUCCAGAUUCAUUGUUUAAUUUUCUGCUGACAGCAAAUCCAGCGAAUGCAUUUGAGCAAAUCUUAUUUAGAAAUGUUCAAUUUGUCCUUGUUGGUGCUUGGUUUGGCGCCUUUGUAAUUCCUCUUGACUGGGAUCGACCAUGGCAAAUAUGGCCGAUACCUUGCUCUUUUGCCUCAAUAUUAGGGUAUUUGAUCUCUCAUGUUGUCACUUGCAUUCAGUAUUCUAAUAUGUUUCUCCAUAAAAAAACAGUGAACAAAUUUGGGAAAAGAGUCUGUUAAACAGCAAUUUUCUAUUGUCCCGAUUUAAACAGUUAUUAUCUUUCACAAAACAAUUGUUAAGUUUAUUUUGAAAUAAGUAUUAAGAUAGGUUUUAUUUUUAAACACCUAGCUGUAUCCAUUUUUAAAAAAUUAAUCAUGGACCCAUUUGUUUUUAAUACCUACAGUUUUUGUGAAUUUCAAUGAUUUUGUUCAUAAGCUCUACAAUAACUGAAGACUUUUUAGUAAUGUGGAACAAUUUUAAAAAGCUUUUUUGUUCAUAAUUACCCUGUUAAGUAGUUUUGAAACGAGUGAAAGAAAAUAGUUUUCUGUGGUGAGAAGGUGAUAGUGAAAUGGAGAAUGCUUGCAUCUGCUGCAGUUUUGAGCCACCCUGGCCGUUUAAAAUUUUACAGUUUUAACUGCACCGAAAAGUUUACUUUUAAAAUAAGUUUUGGCUCAUAAUUUUUGGACAGAUCACGGCCUCUCAAUCAUUUUUUAUUGUGUUCUGUUACCAUUUGCUUUUUUUCUUUCCUGUAUUUUACUGUAUUAAACUUCCUAGUCUUCAA